AUGAACGCCGAGACGUGCGUUUCAUACUGCGAAAUGACAUCCAUGGAUGCAUAUUAUAACCAAUCUGCACCGCAAGGUAGGGAUCACCAAGCGAACCCGUUCAGGACAUUCCAGACGAGUGACACCAAAUACAGCCCUACUUUCCUGACCAACAAAGGUCAGGCGUACGGGGAAAAGUCUCGGAGCCCGUUCCAGCAAGAAUGCCAAUCAUUGGAUGCCACUGCUGGGGAAGGCACCUUUAACAAAUACCACCUCUUCAUGCAGAGGUCCUCCUGCAAAACUCCCCCAGACAGCAGCAGCAAACUUCACCAGGAAAGCGAACACAACGGAGGGCUCAUCGCUUGUUAUGGUAAAGAUAGCACAGGGCUGACAGAUUCAGAGUUGCCGCCAAACACUGAUCCCACAGGGAUGGAUGGCAGCUACCUCAGCGUAAAGGAGUCGGGAGUGAAGAGCCCUCAGGCGCAGCCAAAUUCAGAGCUGGCUUCUCCGUUGGACAAGGGCGAAGGAGAGAGCAACAAGGGCAAGAAACGACGCAACCGUACCACCUUCACGAGCUAUCAGCUGGAGGAGCUGGAGAAGGUCUUUCAGAAAACACAUUACCCUGAUGUAUACGCCCGGGAGCAACUCGCACUGAGGACUGACCUGACGGAGGCUCGGGUGCAGGUGUGGUUCCAAAACCGUAGGGCUAAGUGGCGAAAGCGAGAGCGCUUCGGACAGAUGCAGCAGGUCAGAACACAUUUCUCCACGGCGUACGAACUUCCUCUUCUCACUCGACCUGAGAAUUAUGCCCAGAUUCAGAACCCUUCCUGGAUAGGUAGCAGCAGCGCGGCAUCUCCCAUUCCCGGCUGCGUCGUACCCUGCGACUCUGUUACUUCCUGCAUGCCCCCUCACCCGCACGCCGCCAGUGGAGUGUCCGACUUCUUAGGAGUGCCUAGUUCUGGAAGUCACAUGGGACAGACACACAUGGGCAGCUUGUUUGGGAGCCCAGGCAUGGGCACUGGCAUUAACGGGUACGAUCUGAACAUGGACCCCGACCGAAAAUCCUCCAGCAUCGCAACGCUGCGAAUGAAAGCUAAAGAACACAGCGCAGCCAUCUCUUGGGCUACAUGACUCCCCCCGAUGUCGGGAGAUCAUCUCUGAGGUCCCUCAACACAUGAAAAAAGAGAAGGAGGGCAAACGGGAACAUCAGUUUGCCAUCAAGGCAUGAUACAAAGCAUGACCUGGGGACAAGGAGUGUGUGGAUUGACAAAGCAAAGAAAAAUAAUACAGAAACCAUGUGAUAUCUAUUUCCAUUUGAAGUCCAGAGUGACAAGGGAAAAUCUGAGAUGCUCAUAAUAUCGAGAACCUUCUGGCUUUAAAACAAGAAAUACAAGAAAGAAAAGAGUAACUUGACGUUUGAAUGCAAACAAUAAUUAAUGGAAAAUAAACAAAUAGAAAAAAAACACAAUAAAUAAACCCUGCACUUAUCCGCCGAACACUUGGAUCCCAUUUGUAAACACACGUACAUUUAUCUAAACGCAUCUGGCCUUGUUGUUUUUUAAUUCUGAGAAUAAUCAAAAACUGCUAAAUUUUGUUCGGUCACAGAUUCCUUUCCAAAUAUGCCAUCUCUGCCUAAACAGUUCAAUCGACUUAAAGCAAUGUGUAGUUUCUCACGUUUCUGAAGGGUCUUACAUUGCAUCCAUUAUCCAAACCAAGUAUUCGUGGGAAACUGGACAUGGCAACUGCUUUUACACUUUUUCCCCAUAUAAAAGUUGAUUCGUUGAAGAAUCUAUAUAUCUGUAUUGAUUCUUUUUCAACACCAUGUAGAAGUAUCAAUCAGUUAUCAAAGAUUAAUACAUGCACGUAUCUGCUGAAAGUGACCAAGUAGGACUCCAGUCUCUCUGGUUGUGACACAGGCCCUUCAUGCAGUUCCCCACUAACUCUAGCGCCAGGAAAAAGACAUGUGCCAUUUGCCAGUGUAAAGACUAUUGAAAAAAGAUUGAAAAUUGAUCCCAGUGUAGAACAUUGAUUUCCAAUUCUGCAGUGAAAGUCAUAUGCCAUUUCUGUCAACGUAUUAUGGGAAAUGUGAGGAAUGAAGAAAUGUCCGAUGAAAGAUUUAAAGAUCUCCAGAGUAAUACCAUUAAUGUGGCUUGGGAAAUGCAACUCAAUAAGGCAAAGUUCUCUGCUGGAAGUUAAGUUUAGCACAACUCUGAAGUAGCUUGUCAGCUUCCAAACUGAAUGAUAAACCUCACCAAAGAUUUGUACUACAGAGAGGAUGAUGCAAUAUGAGAUUGAGUAGGGUUAUAAAUUCAUCUCAGCUUUUUCUGUUCUACAAAUUUGAAACAUUUUUAGUGCAACAUUGUUGCCUUAGCUACUCCCUACGAGCUCAAUGUCCUGGCUAUAUGAUAUGAAUGAAUUUUGAAGCUAUGCUUCAUUAGUUUUUUGGCAGAAGGCCGCAACGCAUCUCAACCGAAACAGAUUGUCAGUAGAGCAUCAGCCUUUCUAAUUCUGAUUGGCUGUGAGUAAUGUAGGGCUUUUGAUUAUAUAAUAACCACCGUGUGCUGAGGUGGCGGAAAUAUAAAGCGAACACCGCUGCAAAAUACUUUAAGGGCUUUUUGCUUUUCCGGAGUCGGAUUUAGAUCAGGUAACACAAAGCUGGAGCCGAAUCUGAUACACUUGGUCCUUAAGAAAAGCCAUUUCUAAUUUCUAAAUGAGAACCAAAUUCUGGAGAUCUCUGGAGAUAUAUACAUACAAAGACAACCAGAGAUGACAAAAUAACUUUUCAAAUGGACUGUAGAUCCCCUGCAAACAGACAAACGUUGCCAUUUGGUUUCAUAAUCCGCAGCCUGGUUAUAUGAUUCAUAGGGUGUUGGAGCUUCAUUACUUUUUUGGCAGAGGUUUAUUGCAUUUCUCGCCUGAGCAUCUCAUCACCCGCCCUGCGCCAAUGGACCUCCUAGAAAAGGCGGCGAUAACAUGUUAACUCAUCUCCAUUACUUGCUUUUCAGCAGGAGUUAAACAAGAACAUGCUACUAAACCAAUUGAACAGCGGUUCUUCAACCUGCAGUACUUAUUCAAAGCCUUAACAUUUUCUCCCAGAUCUGAAUUGAGAGUUUGAUGCAUUUGCCGAGACCUUUAAAAGGUUACUGUAGGGAUGAAGCGACUAUACUGUUCCGGUGUUCUGGGAAAGGACAAUCCACACAGCUGUGCGCUGAGUAAAUGCAAAACAAACAUGCCUCGCGCAUGCUUCCCCUUCAGCUGUCAUGGCUCCUCUUACAAAAUCCCAUGUUGAAUGGGGCCUGGCCUGCUACCCCGGCCAAUGCGUCGGCCCUCGGCGUCUCCGAGUCCGUGCACACCCAUGCGAUCUUUUAAUUAACACCGAGACAUCUGUGGAGAAGGAUUCUAUGACAGAACAGACCAGCCUAGCUUAUCUUUAACUAUCGGGGAGCCAGGAAGGGCGUAGAUAAAGUUCAGGUCAACACGUUUGUGAUACACACAUACAGAAUUCAGUUAUGUAGUAGUGAAUGAGCUACUCUGCACAUCACUGACAGGUCACAUUUGUAUUGAAUGCAUAUAUAAAUCGGCUAAAAUUGACUGAUUAAAUAAAAAGGUCAUCAAGAAGAUUGUGUCGAGAUCGAGAAUCGAUUUAAGAGUACCCAAAUGAAACCAUAAUUUUCAGACAGUACCUUGCAGAUGCCUACGAAUUAUAGAGAUGUAGAAGUCAGUCUCUGUUCCAUCUCUCAAAACUUAUACUACUGAUGUAGGCAUACGCGAGUAUUAAUAACACUUUGUUUUGUGUGUGGUCGCAUGUACAGUUUUCUUUGGAUUUUAUUUCUUGCAAAAUACUCCCUUGGAGAUGUUUUUUUUUUUGUAAAAUAACCUUGUUAGAAAUAUAUUAUUUUAUGUGACUGAGGGUUGUUGCAUUUGUUGUACGAUGGGUUUGGGAAUAAAAUGCGAUAAAUGGGUUUUUGAUAUGUAAAUUAACCCAAAGACAGUUGUGACGGCUUGAGUUAAAUGUAUGUCUUUUCAAUAAUUAUUUGCUUUCAGGCUUGUUUAUGUUCUAUAUAUAUUGUGUGAUUUGCAACAGUAAGUUAUUGCACUUACAAACUUGUUUGAAAUGUUUUGAGAACAUUUUGAUAAAACCAAAUCUGUGUGGAAUAUCACUAUAAAAAGUGUGUACUCACACUAUCAAGUAAUCUAAGGACAUAAUGUUGAGGUUUUAAGGCCUGGUAAAUUGUUUACAUGUUUAUAUUUUGUAUGAACUAGGGCUGAACAAUCAAAGACAAUGUAACCACGAAUGUCUACAACCAUCCAGAUUAUGUUCUACAAUAUUUCGCUCCAGGACCUUUUCUUUGACACACUCACCAUCUGUUCCAAGACUCCGAUAUAACAUACAUCUUUCAUUGAGAAAGAUACUAAAUACACAAAGUUCCAGUUGGCUACAAACUGUGUGCUUUUAGGUAGACUUGGUUUUAAAUAAAUGAAAAGGCCUAUAUUUAAAAAUAUUAUCAUUACAGGUGCUGGG